AUGCCGGGUGCCAUGGGCCGGCCCAUGCCGACCCGACGUCUGCGUGGUUGGGCGCGACCCUGCUCGACUCGGUCGACUCCACCAUCCAACCAGCAGGUGCAGGUGCGGCUCACGGCCCCGAAUGGCAAAAGCUGGAUACAACCGUCGGGCCUUUUUAUCGAUAACCAGUUCGUAGCCUCGAAACAGGGGGGCACCAUCGCCUCCACGAACCCAUACACGGAAGAGGCCAUUUGUUCCGUGGCCGCAGCUAGUCCUGAUGAUGUCGAUGCGGCCGUCUGGUCGGCGAGACUCGCCCUGAAGCACCCUUCGUGGAAGUCGCUGUCGGGUUCGGACCGCGGCCGCUUGAUGAACAGACUGGCCGACCUGGUGGACGAGCACAGGGAGACGCUGGCCACCAUUGAGUCUCUGGACAACGGGAAACCCCUGUCCGCCUCGCUCGCCUGGGAUAUUCCUCACUUUUCCGAGGUGCUGCGCUACUAUGCGGGGUAUUGCGACAAGAUUCACGGCAGCUUCGUGGACAUGGGGCGGCGCAGGAUGGCCUACACGGUCAAGCAGCCCGUCGGCGUGUGCGGGCAAAUCAUUCCGUGGAACUACCCCGUCGCCAUGGCGGCCUGGAAGCUCGGCCCGGCCUUGUGCUGCGGCAACACGGUGGUGCUCAAGCUGGCCGAGCAGACACCGCUCUCCAUGCUGUACGUGGCCAAGCUGGUUCGAGACGCCGGGUUCCCCCCCGGCGUGGUAAACAUCAUCAACGGUCACGGGCCCGUGGCCGGGGCCGCGCUGGCGUCUCAUCGGCACGUGGACAAGGUGGCCUUUACGGGAAGCACGGCUACGGGGAAGGCGGUGAUGCGCAUGGCCUCGACGCGCAUGAAGCCGGUGACGCUCGAGACCGGAGGCAAGUCGCCCCUGAUUGUGUUUGACGACGCCAAUCUGGACCAGGCGGUCCGCUGGGCCCACGAAGGCGUCAUGGCGAAUCAGGGUCAAGUGUGCACGGCCACCUCCAGGCUGCUGGUGCAGGACGGCGUCUACGACGAGUUUGUCGGGAGACUCGCCGAGCAUACCCGCAAGACAUCCGUGCUCGGGGACCCCUUUGAGGACGGGACCUACCAGGGGCCGCAGGUCAGCGCCGGCCAGAGAGACGGCGUGCUGUCGUACAUCGAGGCGGCCCAGGGCGAUGCCGGCACGACGGUUCUCCACCCAUGCGGCCCUCCCGCGGAGCUCCCGGCGAGGGGGUACUUUGCGCCGCCGACGAUAUUCGCCAACGUCCGCGUCGACGCGCCCGUCUUCACGGAAGAGAUAUUCGGCCCCUGCGCAGCCGUGGCCAGGUUCGGGACGGAGCGGGAGGCGGUCGAGGCGGCCAACGCCAGCCGCUACGGACUGGCCGGCGCCGUCUUCACAAGAGACCUCGGCAGAGCGCACCGCAUGGCGAGGGAGCUGGACGUGGGCAUGGUAUGGCUGAACAGCAGCAACGACGGGGACGUCAGGGUCCCGUUCGGCGGGGUCAAGGAGAGCGGGAUCGGGAGGGAGCUGGGGGAGGAAGGCUUGAGGGCAUACCACGCCGUCAAGGCCGUCUUUGUGAACCUGACGGAUGACUGA